GUGGGAGGGGAUUUUGAGCGAGACGGGUGGUCUUUGUCUGGGUUUACAAUUUAUCACGGUGCAUUUUUGGCCUUUUUGAUACCUCCGGAGUUGUUUUUUUGGUGGUUCUUUUAUAUCUUUGGGUAGGGAUUUACAAGAGACUGGAAACGUUAGGAACUUUAGUGAGUCUCAAGAGGGGGGAAAUGUCUGUUUAAAAAAAAUGAAGGAAACGAGAACGAGAACGAGGAAACGGUCGAACUUUUUUUCAAUUCUCUUUUUAUUUUAUUUUUAUAUUUUUUUUAUCUUGCAUACUAUGGUUCCACAGGCCUUAAUUUGCUAUGGUUUAAUAAAUUUUAAACACGAAUGGACGUAUAUACGGAUAUACAUACAUACAUACAUCUCAUCCUAUCUUACACUUCACCGAGGAAAAUGGGCUCAGGGCAUUGUGUGUUGUGCGUAUUGGGUAUCUUGUUAAGUGAAAAGGGGGUCUGGGUUGGGUGUCAGUAGGUAGGUAGGUAGGUCU